UCGCUGCUGCCUUGUCCUGCCCACCAUCCUCCUCGCCUGUGCCACCUCUACACACCUACGGCCCACACGAGCGUCUCACCACCUGCUCCGCUCCGCUCACGGCGCCAUGUCCUCCUCGCUGCUCACCGCGCUGCAGGCCUCCCCGACGCGUCUCGACCUCGACUGCAACGAUGCCGCCUUCGGACGAGCCUUCUCCGCCUCGCUGGCCUCGUCUGCCUCCAGCGCGCGCGUCUUCUGCGACAUGACGAGCAACUCGCUCCUCGUGCUCGCCGAGAUCGCAGCGGCUGAUGGCGCACGCGUGCCGCUGCUCGAGGAGAGCGUGCGCACGGCCAAGGCGCUGCUGCAGGGCAAGCUGCAGGGCGGAGAGAAGGUGUUGAGCUUCGGCCUGGACGGGCUGGACGACGAUGAGAAGCUGCAGUGGCUGGCUGUGGAUGUUAUGACUGUCUCUCUCGGUCUGCAGGUCCUCCCGCACCUUCAGCCUCGUGGCAUGCUCCACGCCCAGAUCGCCUGUUCCCUCGGCACAGCCAGCGCCAUCGAGGCGCACGCCCGUCGUCUUUCCGCGCUCUACAUUCUUCUCUCUCGCGGCAAUGUCUCGCACGAACGCAUCUGCAUCAAGAUUCCCUCCACACUCGCUGGGCUUGAGGCGUGUGCCAGGCUCGAGAAGGAUGGCAUCAGGACGCUGGCUACGACUUGCUUCUCGCUGGAACAGGCACUCGCUGCUGAUAGUGACGUGGCGCCCUACAUCAACGCGCUCGAGGCUCACUUCUACGAGGUCGAGAAGCCCAGUGUGCGCCGGCAUGCAGACACAAGCGAGGCGCUCGCCAUCGUGGCGCGCCUGCAGAGAGCACUGCGGAGGCGCCAGUCGCGCACGGAGGUCGUGUCUGCGUCAUUCUUGAGCCUGACCGAGGUGUUCAGCCUGCUUGGCGUCGAUACAAUGACACUCAGUCGGGGCGUCUUGACUCUGCUGCGCGACACGCCCGCUUCCGACGAGCUAGUGGCGCUGGGCCGCGCGAGCGAGAGACGCAUGGAUCCGGCCUCUCUCUCCGCAGACGCAGCGCAGGCUGAAGCUGACGAGGACACCAAGGCAGCGACGCCCGAGGCGCUCGCUGCGGCGCUCAGCUCGGAGCGCUGCGCCUACCUCGUCGCCGACGCCCUGGCUCGCUUCACCAAGGCCGAGGAGAUGCUGCGUGCCCUCGUGCGUGCCGAGGUCGCGCGUGGGCCAGCAGCAGGAGAUCGCGCAUAGACAGGCCAGAGCGAAAUGAGAGUGAGAUGCAUUCGCUUGCGCAGGCUCGCACGGGAUCUGAUCUAGAGACGGGCUUGACAGGGCACGGCGGGGGGUAUACGGCGCAUGCGCUGGGGUUUGCACGCGUGUCUGGCCGGAAGAGGGAG